GUGACGCGUCACUUGACUCCGCUGUGAAAGAUGGCCGCGGUGGAGCGGGCUCAGGUCAGGGAAGGGUUCCGGAUAGUUGUUCUGUGCGUAUGCUGGUACACGGUCAGCUCGGGCGGCAACGUCAUCAACAAAAUAAUCCUCAAUGGUUUCCCGUACCCGGUCACGGUGUCCCUCUUUCACAUUUUUUCAAUUGUCGUCUUCCUCCCGCCGUUGUUGCGGGCAUGGGGAGUCCCCAAAACAGAAGUGCCAAAGAGGCUCUACUGGUGGACCAUUCUACCUUUAGCUUUCGGGAAAUACUUUGCAUCGGUCUCCGCUCACUUCAGCAUAUGGAAAGUGCCUGUUUCCUACGCGCACACCGUUAAAGCCACGAUGCCAAUAUGGGUUGUGCUCUUGUCAAGGAUCAUCAUGAGGGAGAAGCAAACUACUAAGGUGUACGUAUCUCUGAUCCCCAUUAUUGGCGGAGUGCUGCUAGCCACAGUGACGGAGUUGUCCUUCGAUGUUUCGGGCCUGAUCAGCGCUCUGGCUGCCACGCUAUGCUUCUCUCUGCAGAACAUCUUCUCCAAAAAGGUGUUGCGUGACACACACAUCCACCACCUGCGGCUUCUUAACAUUUUGGGCUUCAAUGCUGUUAUAUUCAUGCUGCCCACCUGGGUGCUGGUUGACCUUUCGGUCUUUCUGGUUAAUGAUGAUCUGUGGGACAUGUCGGGUUGGACCAGAACCGUUGUUCUACUGCUCAUCAGUGGUUUCUGCAACUUCGCUCAGAACGUCAUCGCCUUCAGCGUGCUCAAUCUGGUCAGUCCGCUCAGCUAUGCCGUGGCUAACGCGACCAAGAGGAUCAUGGUCAUCAGCAUCUCACUAUUUAUGCUCCGCAACCCGGUCACACUCACCAAUGUGCUGGGCAUGAUGACGGCCAUAGUCGGGGUCUUCCUCUACAACAAGGCCAAGUAUGAUGCAAACCAAGAGAAGAAAAUGCUACCAAGCAGCAAGCAAGACCUGAUGACCUUUGACAACCCGGUGUUCCAAAAGCAUCAGGCCAACGGCUCGGUGCCUUUCUCCCACACGACACUGCAGCAGGAACACAGUUGGAACAACGUGCUGACCGACCACUUUCAGUACAGUCGUCAAACCUACACGACAAACUCCAACAGCAACCACCACCAGUAUGUGGUGUAA